AUGUCUUCAAUCCCUGCUUCCGCUCUGCAAACCCUGCAGGGUGCUCUCAAGUCGUCCAACGUAUAUACACCGGGGUCGGAUGGCUACGAGGCUAGUAUCGUGCGAUGGUCCGGCACCGGCGUCAAACAAGCAGGCGUCGUCGUCAUGCCAGUCGACGUCGAUGACAUCCGUACAGCACUGCUCUGGGCCCAGGAGCACAGCGUGGACAUCGCCGUCAAGGGCGGCGGCCACUCCGUCGCCGGCACCAGCUCCAGUUCCGGCGGCCUCGUCAUCGACCUCUCCCGCAUGAACAAAGUCACCGUGCACCCCGACUCAAAAACCCUGACUGUCCAAGGCGGCGCCGUCUGGAAGGACGUCGACGAAAAGGCCGCCGAGCACGGCCUCGCCACCGUAGGCGGCACGGUCAACCACACCGGCGUCGGCGGCCUCACCCUCGGCGGCGGCUACGGCUGGCUGAGCGGGCUGUACGGCCUGACGAUCGACAACCUGCUAUCCGCCACGGUUGUGCUGGCCGACGGGCGCGUCGUGACGGCCUCCGCCACCGAGAACGCAGACCUGUUCUGGGCCGUGCGCGGGGCCGGCUACAACUUCGGCGUCGUCGUCGACUUCGUCUUCCAGGCGUACGAGCAGACGAACCCCGUCUACGCCGGCCUCGUCUCGUUCACCCCCGACAAACUCGAAGCCGUGAUCGACCAGCUCAACGCGCUGAUGAGCCCGCCGGACCCCCGCGCCGGCGCCAUCUGCAUCCUGGCCCCGCCGCCCGGCGCCCCCGUGCCCAUGGUCAACGUGAUCGUGUACUACAACGGGACCCGCGCGGAGGGCGAGACGCACUACAAGGGGCUGCUGGCGCUCGGCCCAGUCGUCAACAUGAUCGACAUGAUCCCGUAUUCGCUGCUCAACUCGCUGCAGAACCCGAUGGCCACCUACGGCGGGCGCAAGGUGCUCAAGGGCGUGUUCUUCCAGACCCCGCUGGACACGGCGUUUCUGCGCUCCAUCUUGGAGUACCUGACUGCGAUCAAUGACGAGCAUCCGGAGCUCAUCCCCGCGCUGCUGCUGGAGUUUUACGAUAUGCGCAAGAUCUGCGACGUGCCGCUGUCUGCGACGGCGUUUGCCAACCGCAGCGCCACGCAGAACGGCGCGGUCAACAUGCGCUGGACGGACCCUGCCAAGGACGGGGUGUAUCGGGGCAUUGCGCGGGAGAUCCAGGCGCGGUUCAAGGCGCAGUAUGAGGUGGAGACGGCGGGGCAAAGCACGGCCGAUGUGCCGCAGUAUAUUAACUAUGCGGAGCGUGAGUUGCUAAUCCCUUGA